UGAAACCAGAGGCAUUAGCUGUUCAGCUUCCACGAGGAAGUAAUAAUUGAGAUAGGACUGAGAUUAUUUAUUAGUCUGUUUUGUAAAUAGCUAGAAAACUUAGGGAAGAAGUAAUUUAUGAGGCAGAUAAGGAAUGUUUUCAGGAGCAGUUGGAACCAACAGCGAGGAAAAAUCAGGAAGGAUGAGGUAAGUUUUGUGUGAGUUAAGGACUUUACAUGUAACCUUUGCUUUUGCACAAGUUCUCCUGCAAAUGCUGAUCCCGCUUGCAGCAGGGAUCCCUGCACCUGAACCACAAAGGUCGGAGAGGGCGAUGUGAGGAGCUCUGCCUUUCGUACCGCUGGACCCCUGAGGUAUUGCAGCCCCCCAGGACAAGGUGACCCUCCGGGCUGCGGCCAUCUCCUCCGGGGCCCACAGCCAAGCCCUCCGGCUGUGACAACCGAACCACACACUCGGAGCUGCCUCUAACCCACGACCCAGCCCCCGAAGGAAUUACCCUCACCCAGACAUCGGGGCCACCCCACAAAGCACCCCCCAAACCUCAAGGCCAGCACCGAGCGGGCACCAGCUCAACGGCGCCCUCAGCCCGUGCCCGCCGCCCUCCUCCCCGGGCGGCCCCCGCCUCCGCCGCCAUGUUGUGGGGCUGACUCCGCCACCACGGGAGGCGGUGGCGAAGGAGGAGGAGGAGGAGGAGAAGGAGGAGGAGGAAGGCUGGCGGGCAGCACGGAGCGAGGAGCUCACGGACAAGGCAACAGAUGGCUAAGAGCUAGCGAGGCAGAUUCAAGACCAUGAUGGCUCAGUUUCCCACAGCCAUGAAUGGAGGUCCAAACAUAUGGGCCAUCACCUUGGAAGAGCGGACCAAGCAUGACAAGCAGUUUGAUAGCCUUAAACCCACAGGAGGCUACAUUACAGGUGAUCAAGCACGUACCUUUUUUUUGCAGUCUGGUCUACCAGCUUCAGUCCUUGCUGACAUAUGGGCACUGUCAGAUCUGAACAAGGAUGGAAAAAUGGAUCAACAGGAGUUCUCUAUAGCUAUGAAACUCAUCAAGCUGAAAUUACAAGGACAGCACUUGCCUAUGGUUCUCCCUCCUGUCAUGAAACAAUCUCCUGUACUUUCACCGCUAAUGUCAGCUCGCUUUGGAAUGGGUAGUAUGCCAAAUCUGUCCAUGCCAACGUCUAUGUCUGCAGUCACACCAUUAGCUCCCAUGUCUCUGACCUCAAUGAGUUCCAUUCCUCCUUUGGUAAUUUCUGCUCCCCUGGUGCCUUCUGUCAGUACCUCAUCAUUGCCAAAUGGAACAUCCAGCCUUCUGCAGCCUUUGUCCAUACCUUUCUCUUCAACGUUGCCUCAUACUGGUUCUUUAGGUCCCAUGGCAGGAGGGUUUGGUGGUACUAAUAUGCAGAAGGCACAGUCACUAAUCGAUUUAGGAUCUAGCAGUUCAAAUUCUUCCUCUAGUGCUUCGCUAGUUGGGAAUUCACCAAAGAUUGCAUCCUCAGACUGGGCAGUUCCUCAGGCCUCCAGAUUAAAAUACAGACAGAAAUUUAACAGCCUGGAUAAAAGUAUGAGUGGAUAUUUAUCAGGAUUUCAAGCAAGAAAUGCCCUUCUGCAAUCAAACCUUUCACAGACUCAGCUGGCUACUAUUUGGUCACUAGCUGAUAUUGAUGGAGAUGGACAACUGAAAGCUGAUGAGUUUGUGUUAGCCAUGCACCUAACUGAUAUGGCCAAAGCUGGACAACCUCUGCCACUAACUCUGCCUCUUGAACUGGUACCACCUUCUUUCAGGAGUGGAAAAUAUACUGAAAAUAUAAAUGGAACUCUGCCAUCUUACCAGCCAGUGCAAGAGGAGGAGCCGCAGAAAAAACAGCCAGUUACCUUUGAGGACAAAAGGAAAGCAAACUAUGAGAGGGGAAAUAUGGAGCUGGAAAAACGCCGUCAGGUCCUGUUGGAGCAGCAACAAAGAGAGGCAGAACGUAAGGCUCAGAAAGAACGAGAAGAACAAGAACGAAGAGAGAGGGAACGUCAGGAACAGGAACGGAAAAAACAACUUGAAAUGGAAAGGCAGCUGGAGAGACAACGAGAAUUGGAAAGACAAAGGGAAGAAGAAAGGAGGAAAGAAAUAGAAAGGCGGGAGGCAGCAAAGCAAGAACUUGAGCGCCAGCGACGAUUGGAAUGGGAGAGAAUUCGUCGCCAAGAACUUCUUAAUCAACGUAACAGGGAACAAGAAGAAAUUGUCAGGUUGACCUCUAAAAAGAAGAGCCUUAAUCUUGAAUUAGAAGCCCUGACGGACAAACAUCAGCAAAUCUCAGGCAGAUUGCAAGAUAUUCGAAACAAGAAGCAGAUUCGGAAAACUGAGCUGGAGGCUUUAGAUAAGAAAUGUGAUCAAGGAAUUAUGGAAGUCAAGCAAUUACAACAACAGCUGCAGGAGUACCAGAAUAAACUAAUCUAUUUAGUUCCUGAAAAGCAAUUGUUAACUGAAAGAAUUAAAAAUGUUCAACUUGACAACACUCAGAGUGCAGCAAUUGGUUCAGUGCACAAGAAGUCCCUAGAAAAGGAAGAAUUAUGCCAAAGACUUAAGGAACAACUUGAUGCCCUUGAGAAAGAAACUGCUUCUAAACUUGCUGAAAUGGAUGCAUUUAACAGUCAGCUUAAGGACCUGAGAGAAAGUUACAGCACACAGCAGUUAGCCUUGGAGCAGCUCCACAAGAUCAAACAGGACAAAAUAAGAGAGGUAGAAAAAAGAAGAGCUGAACUUGCACAGAAAAAGCGACUGGAAGAUGAGGCUGCAAGGAAAGCAAAACGGGAGAAGGAGAACCGAUGGCAGGAAAAUAUCCGAAGGGAAGAGGAGGAGAAAAAGAAGCGACUAGAGGAAGAAAGAAUGCAAGAAAAAGUUCAAGAAAAGCUGAAAGCUGAAGAAGCAGUUGCACUGAUGAGAGACAGGGAAAACAAACAACAGCUUCAUGAAGAGGAGGACAAAAAUAGGCAAGCUGCAAUCUUGAGAGAAACGGAACAAAAGCAGAGGCAACUGGAAGAAGAUAAAAGAAAGCAAGAGCAAAUUGCAAAAGAAGCUGAGGAGAGGCGUAAGAAGAAUGAAGAAAUAAAGAAGAUAAAAGAAGUGACCAACUCUCAAGAGACAGAGAAACGCACUUCUAAAUUAAACAUACACGAAAAGUUUGCAGAUCUGUUGAAACCAACAGAGGGUAAAAGUCUUAAGUCACCCUGGAAAAAUGAAGGCAAUGCAAUUAGUACCUCAGAGUCUAGGAAUUCGGUUGUCUUCGUAAAUUACAGAGCUUUAUAUCCAUUUGAAGCAAGGAAUCACGAUGAGAUGAGCUUUAAUACCGGGGAUAUAAUCCAGGUUGAUGAAAAAAAUGUUGGAGAACCUGGUUGGCUUUACGGGAGUUUUCAAGGACGUAUUGGUUGGUUUCCAUGCAAUUACGUAGAAAAAAUACCAGAAGGAGAAAAACCUUUAUCUCCUAAGAAGGCCUUACUUCCUCCUACAGUAUCUUUAUCUACUACCUCAGCUGCUUCAGAACCACUUUCACCAAGUAAAUCUGCAGAAGAAUCUGAUUACCAAAAUGUACAUUUUUCUAGCCUGAACGUUAAUACAGCAUGGCAACAGAAAUCAGCUUUCACUCGCACUGUGUCCCCUGGAUCUGUUUCACCCAUUCACGGACAGGGGCAACCUGUCGAGAACUUAAAAGCACAAGCACUUUGCUCUUGGACUGCAAAAAAAGAUAACCACUUGAAUUUUUCAAAAAAUGAUAUCAUCACUGUCCUGGAGCAGCAGGAAAACUGGUGGUUUGGGGAGGUACAUGGAGGACGGGGUUGGUUUCCAAAAUCUUAUGUCAAGCUCUUACCUGGAAGCGAAAUCAAGAAAGAGGAACCAGAAGCUAUUUAUGCAGCUGUAAAGAAAAAACCUAAUACACAGUCAUACACAGUAGGAGAGGAGUAUGUUGCGCUGUAUUCGUAUUCAAGCUCUGAACCUGGUGACUUGACUUUUACGGAAGGAGAGGAAAUUCUCGUGACCCAGAAAGAAGGGGAAUGGUGGACAGGGAGCAUCGAUGACAGAACUGGAAUCUUCCCCUCCAAUUAUGUCAGACCAAAGGAUCAAGAAGGUUCUAGUAGUGCUGGCAAAACUGGAACAAUAAAUAAGAAACCUGAAAUCGCUCAGGUUACUACUGCCUAUGCUGCCUCAGGAUCUGAACAGCUUAGUCUCGCUCCAGGACAGCUAAUACUUAUUCUGAAGAAAAAUGCUAGUGGAUGGUGGCAAGGAGAGCUGCAGGCAAGAGGGAAAAAGAGACAGAAAGGAUGGUUCCCUGCCAGCCAUGUGAAAUUACUGGGUCCAAGCAGUGAGCGAACCACAUCUGCUGCUCCCACAGUGUGUCAAGUGAUAGCAAUGUAUGAUUACAUGGCAAACAAUGAAGACGAGCUCAGUUUCUCCAAAGGGCAGCUAAUUAACGUACUGAGCAAAGACGAUGCUGACUGGUGGCAAGGAGAAAUCAGUGGUGUGACAGGUCUCUUCCCCUCAAACUACGUGAAGAUGACCACAGAUUCUGAUCCAAGUCAGCAGUGACCCAAUGUUGUCUUCCAGUGUGAAAGCACCUCAGAGACCCACUAUCCAAGUUUGACUGUAGCGUGGAGGCAGGGUGGCCAGCCCUGCUCAAAAAUCUCUGAAACAAUCCUUUUGCUUCGUUUGAAUGUUAGAUCCAGUCAAGAAAUUAGGUUUUUGUGGGUUUUCUUAUAACAUUUACAGUUGAUUUGUAAAAGGAGAAAGGAUAGUGGGUCUUUGUGUGGCUUUCACUGCUGUUCAUUCUUGUUUCCUUUAGCAUUUUUCUUUGGCAUUGAUAAUCCUAAGAUCAUUAGCAUGCAUAUCAAGUUAUCGUUUGCAUGGUGGGAUUGCAGACACACAAAGACCCACUAUUUGCACAGUUUAUCUGAGCUGUUUUGAAUGGGCAGUUGUGUUCUUUUAAUGUUGUAAUGUACAUACUUUGCAGAAUUAAAAUGUUCGCUGAUUACUGUUCUAAUGAAUUUGAUUUAAUCUUCUACAUAUUGAGCUUUUAAAAUGACAGCCCAUAAGGCUCAUCCAGAAACUAAACCCUACCUGUCUGUACUGCUGGUGGUCACUGUGAUUACAAACAUGCUACACGAUCUAAGAUUUAGAUCUGGUGCAGUCCAGCCUUUAAUACCCUUUUUACUGGGGAAAGAAAUAUUAAGCAUAGAAUGGAAGAUACUUUUUUUUUUUCUUCCUUCACAGUAGUCCUAUAGCAGGAAUUCAGGUUGUUUUGGCUUGACAAGUUGUACCCCUAAACAACCUCCUUCCUUGAUUCAGUUUUAGCAGAUAGUGAAUGUGUACUAGUUAGUGCAGUAAGUACUUGUACAGCCUCUGUGCUACUAGACCCUUGCCCUGCUCCUUUUUUUCAUUAAAUAGUUACGAUACUGAGUGGUGUUUUUAUCUUGCUACAGUCUUCAGUGACUUAAAGUACCAGCUGAAAGCUGCUGCUCUCUAUUUGGUAAAUAAAUAGCAGCCUAAUACAUAGGCAGCCUUGGUAAAGAGAUGUUGUCAGAAGAGAAACACUAACAGACACAUGGAGCUGAAGGCAGAGAAUUUGGGUUUAAAAAUGGACCUAUAUUCCUCAUCUACAAAGUGCUCCUUGAAGGUACAGUUACGGCACGCUAGCGAUACAAUGCAGUAAAGGUGCCCACGUUUUAUUAGGAUGGGGAGAGAGAGGAAAUGGGACUUCAGGACUAUAAGCCUGAUAUCCCUUUAAAUGAAAAGAUUAAUCAAUCAAUAGCAGACUACUCAUCUGAUGAAAUAGUUCUUUGAUCCUGUAACAACAGGAGAGAUCUAGUCAACACAGUAUUUAAUUUAGUUGGUUUCCUGAACUUGGUAACAAAACAGUAAAGGUCACUUAUGCAAUCAGAAAUGUUUACAAACCACUGUAUGUUUACUAUAUUUAUAUAUAUAUGAAUGUUGUGAAGGUACUAUCAGGAAAAGGUUAGUCAAAUUGCAGAGAUUUAAAAGCCUUUCUCCGAAAUUUCUAUAGAAAAAGUGGAAUGUUACAUAUUUAAUAUACUUUAUCAAAUGAUGUAUAUGUGCCCUUUAAGUCAGAGGUAUAUCUUUUGUGCAAUACAGACUACAGCAAUGUGCCUACAUAAAACUACAAAUGGAUUUUUAUUCUGGAUGUAUUUUGUCUAAAACGGUAUUUUGUCAUAGAAUGAAAUGUUAUUGUAGGCAAAUAAUGUGCUAGAUAAUUUCUCCAGUAUUCUAGCUGACUCGUUUUCUUUUUGAAACUACAUUUUUAAAUAUUUCUGCUAAAAUAUGCUAAUCACUCUGAAUUGCCUUCUCUUAAUUUCUGGUUUUGAAGGUCUGUUCAAUGCAGACCGAACUUUGUUGUGCUACACCAGUGGCGUCAAGCAGUCAGACACUCAUGUUAGUCUGAGAAUUAGGUGAUCUUAUGAAUUAUCCCAUUUCUAAGAGGCACUGUGAACCUGUGGGAUUUAAGCUAAACUGACAUCCCAAAUGUUCAAUGUCAGUUUUCCUGGAAUGCCGAAUGGCUACUCAUUGAUUUUGGAAAAAGAAAAACAAUUUCACAUCCUAUCUGGGAUGAUUUACAAAAUAAUAUCAUGGCAUUUUCCAAAAACAACUGUCAUUCUACCCAAUUUUAAUGGUACAGUUAGAGAUUAGGGUAGCAUCAAGUACAGUUUCACACAAGUAGCCCUGUCGUUGGGUAUGUAGAUAUGAGCGUUACUAAUUAUUGCAACAGCUGCCCCUCAGUUUGAACUGAUGAGUAUUGUGAUGAAGCAUUUUGGGCUUUCACAGUUACCUUCUGAUAUUUCAGUGUUACUUGAGUAUGGUCUAAAUUCUCUAAUGACAAUGGUAAUAAUAAUAAUAGACUUAAUACUGAUUGAAAGAGAUAAUGUCCCUGCCAUUGGUAUUUCUCUUUUCAGAAGUCUGCCUAAUACAGGUCAAGCACAAUCACCUGAGAGCUCUGCUCUCCUGUCACGUGCUGGUGCAGAAAGAAUCGCACAGCUGUAUCAGGCUGUCAGUAGGAAAGGCUAUGCUGAGGAUGUAUGUACUGCGGGAUUUUAAAAUAAUCUUCUCUAUCAGCAAAGAGGUGCAGCUAAUGGAAGCUGUAUUUAAAUCAGAUUUUUUGAUUUUAAAGUGUCCAGUCUUCGCUGAUUGUGUGUAACCCACUCUCUCAUUGAUAAAUGACCGCGGAGUGAGGUUCAAGUAUUGUCCCAGCCAGCCAAGUAAAACUGGCGUUGAAGUGCUCAUCCUGGAUUUGGGUGAAGACAGUUCAGCUAAGGACAGGGUGAAGGCUAGGGAUAUUUCUUGAAUUGACAGUCCUUCCUGAAGGCCUGAGAGUCUAAGUGUUGCUCAGAGCCACAAGAUGUUAAAACCGAAACAAAAUAUGACAUUGCCUGCAGCAUAGCACUGGCUUAAUGCUGUUUCCUACGGGCCAGCAGAGAAUGGGGGCCGUUGUGUAACUGGGGGUGAGAAUGCAAGCGAUGCUCUAAGUGCACAAGAACAAGGACUGAGCGCUUCCUAAUUUUGUAAUUGUCUGGUUUGCAUCAAAACCUACAAAAGCUUAGUUUUGCAAAAGCUUGAUUUCCAAAGCUGAGUUCCCGCUCAGCGAUUAGAUCCGUGCAGGAAAGUCUUGUGUGACCAUCGAGACCUGGUGCAGGUCUGGGUGUGUGAGUAGUCAGUGUGAAAGCAGAGCGCUGCACUAACGUCGUCCUUACUAGUGUUGUAGUUAGGAGCACAGGAGGCAUAGAGCUCCACCACAAAGUUACACGCUAACAGUCAAAACAUGUCCUACCAGUCGAUGACCAUGUGUCCCACCUCAGUGCUUUGUCAGAUCGUAUCCCUUUGUGAUGCUUUGGGGUCGGGGUAAAACACCUGUACAUAAGUCUGCUCGUAGGAAAGCUGGCGAACCUUGGCCUGCAGUCGUGUUGGGAGCUGCUGCAGGGUAAUGCUACUUCGAUGUAAUGAACUAAUAAACUGCUACUUAAUGGUGUGUGCUGCCUUAAAAUUACCUUUUGUUGUUCUCUUCAAGCUAGAGUAUUAACGUGUGGGGAUGGUUGUUCAGACAUGCAAACGCAGGCUGUGCUUAGCAUGAGGCAAUUGUUCAUCUUUGUUUUCAAACAAAGUUGUAAGAUAACUAUGCAAAUGUACUUUAUUAAAGGGACG